AUGUGGAAGCCCGGACAAAAUAGGUCAAAAAUUGGCACGGAAAGCACAAAAAUUGGUUGCCAGUCUAAAUUUGGGCACAUUAGCAAACCUUGCAAGCCAAGAGAUUGUCACGGGAUAUGCCCUGGCGCGUAUCAGCGUGAUGCCGAUGGCUGUGAAAUUUGCGAAUGUACUUCGUGCGAGGAUUUGUCUCAACUACGUAAGCGAAUCUGGAAUCAAAAGUUACAACCAAUGAAUGCAUUUAACGAUAGUUUUCAAACAACUGAGACCAGUUUGCCAUUAACCGGGAACAUUAACCCUGAAAACUUCCUAAUGUUUGUACGAAUGGCCCGUGGCGAACUUCAAAAACCAUUCCUCUCCAAAGUGAUCAACCUUUUUGCUAAGGGGUAA